AUGACUCCGACGAAGACGCCGACGUCUAUCCAAGAAGAACCCGCAGCCGUUCAGCUCGGGAAAGUUCUCCGUUCGACAAACCCAUGCCGGAAGAAGAGGAAAACCUCUAUUGGAUCGAACAGGAGGAACUUGCUGAAAGGCAACUCGAGAUUACUCGCCGCGAACGCCGACAAGCUCGAAAAUCGCUGGAGAGGAUCCCGAUAUACGCGAUCUAUCACCAAGACCGCCGCGGAAGUAAGGGCCGUGAAAUCGCAGAUCCACCACGCCAUGAGUGCUGCCCCAGAAAUCGACAGACUGCUCGAGGUGGCUCGUAAAACUCCCUUCACCGCGCGAAUCUCCGAUACUAAGGUGUCUAAUCCGGGAAAGCUCAAGAUACUGAUGUAUAACGGUACGACCGAUCGAAAGGCGCAUCUCCAGGUGUUCCAUAUCACUAUGGGAAGAGCCAGGCUUAGAGAAAGCGAGAAAGACGCUGGUUACUGUCGCCUGUUCGUCGAAAAUCUCGAAGGUGCGGCGCUCGAAUGGUUCUCCCAGUUAAAGCGAAACUCCAUCGGAAGCUUUUGCCUUUUCGCAUCGGAAUUCCUCCUCAAGUACUCUAUGUUCAUCGAUAGAGAAACUUCCGAUGUCGAUCUCUGGAGCUUAACCCAGGAAGAGGGCGAGUCCCUCCGAGAGUUCAUAAGCCGUUUCAAACUGAUCAUGGCGAAGGUCAGCGGAAUCAGCGACAAAGUCACCAUCGACGCGCUUAGGAAGGCGCUCUGGUACAAGUCGAAGUUCAGAAAGUGGAUAACGCUCGAAAAACCUCGCACAAUCCAGGACGCCCUCCACAAAGCCUUAGAUUACAUAAUAAUCGAAGAAGAGACGAAAUACGUCCAUCACGAGGGGGAAGAACUCCAAGGCGCGCACAACUACGCGAUCAAUCCAGAGCAGGACAGGACUUCGGGAAAUACGUGGAACCGUAACCAGAGUUACGACAAAAACGUAUACUGCGAGUUCCAUCAGACCGAAGGUCACUCCACGGCUAACUGCAAAGUCGUAGGGGCAAGACUGGCCGCGAAGCUGCUUGCUGGAGAACACUCUGGAGUAACCAGCGUCAAGGAUCUAAUCCUCGAAUCCGACCGUUCGCCAAAAAAGAAUCUUCCCGCGAAAAACUCGUCGCCGAGAAAUCAGGCCGGGGAAAAACGCGAGAGAAGAUCGGACGAUAGGGGGAAUGAUAACUCCCGCAGGAGGGUGAACAUGAUCAUGGGAGGAUCCCAAUAUUGCAAGGACUCGGUCUCGGCCAUCAAAGCCUACCAACGGAAAGCCGAGUCAACUGCGAAGUAUCCCCCACGGUCUCCCUCUCGAGACGGGCAGAACGCCUCGAUCACGUUCACGAAAGAAGAGGCUUGCGCAAUCGACCUGCCUCACUGCGACCUCUUGGUCAUUGAUCUCGUAAUAAGAGAUCUCGAAAUCGCAAGAAUACUCAUCGACACCGGGAGCACGGUAAACCUAAUCUUCCGCGAUAACCUAAGAAGGAUGGGCGUCGAGCUCGAAGAGGUCACUCCGGUACCAAAACCGCUCACGGGUUUCUCCAGACAAACGUCCAUGACCCUGGGAUCUAUUCAACAACCCGUCAUAGCAAAAAACGUCACCAAGAUAGUUGACUUCGCGGUGGUAGAUGGCCCGGCUAUCUACAACGCAAUCAUGGGAACUCCAUGGCUAAACACCAUGAAGGCCGUUCCCUCGACUUAUCAAAUGGGCGUCAAAUUCCCAACCAGGACUGAAGUCGCCGCAAUCUGGGGUUGUCAAAAACAGUCGCGACUUUGUUUCCUAGCGGAGUAA